GAGAGAGCUCCCCGUGGCCUCCAGAAAAAAUGCCCUCCCGACGUCAAGGAGAGUCCAUUUUCUACAUCCAGCACUCUAAGGAUCGAAAAUACAAAACUUCGGGAAAUGGUCCAAGUCUUGACGGAUGAUAAAAUACUGUUGGAGGACAAGCUAAUGCACUUUAUGGUUAGCAGCUCCUCAACCUCAUCUACUUCGUUUUCAUCGCCCGGCAAUUUUUGUAGUACUAUGGGUCAACAGGAAACAGUAGCUGAUCUUGGCCUUCAUCGUGGUACUAGAAGUUCCUCUAGUACAUUCGAGGAGUCGGAGUUGGACGUAGCAGCUCUUUGGAGAGACGGUCUUUUGUUCACUGAAGAGCUGCAAGCCGAUCUCGAAAGUGAAAGGAGACGGGGACUAGCUUCUCGGCAAGAGUAUCUUGCUUACCAAAAAAAGAUGGAGGCAGGUCGCCAAGAGCUCGAAGCUUUAGCCAAAAAGCAGGAGAAGGAGACGAAGCGCCUAGGCACAGUGCUGACCCAAGAGCAGGAGCUGCGAGCUGGAGCGGAGUUUGAGAAGGAGGACAUGGAGAGAGAGUUGUGGGCUUUAAAGGUCCACAACGAGCAAUUCAAAAGAAACCAACUCGAUUUGGAAGGGGAAAAGCUGAAAGAGACCGUCUUAAGAAAGGAAGCGAAAAUUCAAGAACUACAAGCAGAGCUGACGCUUAUUAAGCGCAGUGGUGAGCUGGAGGUGGAGACUCGGAAGUGUAGUGAAGUAGAAGAGGCUGAAAAUAAACGCUGCCAAGAAGAAGUAGAAGAAAAGUACAAAAAACUACUGGACGAUCGUGACUUCCAACUCGCAGUAGCGGAGAGGAAGUGCACUGAAAUCGAAAAGCAGCGCAGAGAGGCUGAAACCAAAUGUGCCGAAGCCGAAGAGAAAUGUGCUAGAGCGGACUCCCGACGUUUUGAAGCUGAAGGAAGUAGUCGCUCUACUCGCAAUGAAGUGGAAGGUCGGCUUGAGGAGCUAGCGCGCGAAUGUGCGAAAGAGAAGGCGGAGCGAGGAACUCUGGAACAGCAGCUUCUCGCAGAGACAAAACGCCGGGAAGAGACCAAAAGAGCUCUUCAAGAGACCGAAAGAGCCCUUCACUCAGCACGAGAAAGCCGUAAGACCGCUGAGAGCGAGCGAGACUUGGCAGAAGCGGCUGCUUCCACUGCAAAAAGACAGCUUCACGAAGAACGACACAGGAUAGCGGAGCAACACAAGAUGGAGAAACAGAAAAUAGAAGUAGUUCCCACGAAGAACGACAAUAGCAGCAACAAGCUGGAAGGACACGGAAAAGGACCUCAGAGAAAUACGAUGCUGGAUUCAGGCUUUGGUGGACCUUCGUCGUCGUCCUACUUCGUUGCGAGUACAACUGGAUUUACUGGUCAAGAUAUUCUGGAUUAUGGUCAGCUUUUUUCCAUCUUUCUCGGCACUUUGGUCCCCUUUGGCAUUGUAUUCUCAUGAAAUACAAGGCACAAGGGCGGGCCAAGAUGCCGAGAUGCAAUCUAGCAGAUUCUAACGGGAGGAACAUUCACCCGAAAAUCCAAAUGCUAUAACGCCCGCAGUUCUGGAGGGUGCUACAACUUGCGGCGCAGCAACUGCGACAACGGCAAGUAGUUCUUUUAAUACAACUACGACCGCUUCGAGUUCGACUGCGACGAGAAAUAAUUCUACUUCAUCUUCCUUUUUCACCAGUAACAAGAAGAAGAAUUCCUCUUCCUCCAAGUCACCCAGCGACCAAACUUCUCUCUCAACAUUAGGUGCUGAAGGCACUACCCCCUUCCGCAAAGCUGAGUUGCUUGAAGCUAGAGGUUCUAGGAAACGUCCCUGUUCAACGGAUACGGUAGAAAAGACGGCGGACGAUGAUAUUAAGGACUGUGCUACUUUUCUGAUGAGUGACAAUCUGAUACUAAAAAAAACUGGUGACCAUAACUUUUUAGAUGAUCCUGGGCAGCAUGUACAUGGUGAACACGACGGACACGACGAUGACGCACCGCCAUCACCAAUUGGAAUUGAGGAGAAGGCAGUCAAACGGCGUAAGAUUUUGAUAUCACCAGAGUCUCCAGAUCCUGUUGGAGAGGCCAACGCUUCUUGUGGUCUUAGUGGAGCAGAAAGAAAAAUAGGUCCAAGCAUCCCUCUAGAAGAGGAUCAGAAGGACAAAUCUUCUUCGACAAGUACUAGCACUUUUGUUGCUGCUGGUGACCUCGCUGGGACUGGGAAAAAUACUUUAUCUGUAGUUGUUGCUGGAGGUGGUGAAAGUACUUCAACUGUUGUUGCUGGUGCUCCUGGAGGUGGUGGUAAUGCUUCAACUGUAGUUGUUGCUGGUGCUGCUGGAGGUGGUGAAAGUACUUCAACCGUUGUUGUUGCUAGUGCCGCUGGAGGUGGUGAAAGUACUUCAACUGUAGUUGUUGCUGGUGUGUGUACACGAAUGUGCGGCACAACUGAGAUGACUGGCGGUGCUGGAAAUACGUCUACUUUUCUCGGCAGAACCGCUUCCGCGGCUAGUGCUGCAACAGGAACCAAAGGUAAGAACGCGGCAAUAGGUAUUCCAAAAACAAUACCACGAGCUAAAAGCAGUUUGACGAGGGCUGUAACGACCUCCAGGAGUAAAUCAAUAGCGAGAGGGGAUCACGGAUCAUCCACUUCUAAGAAAGUGGCACCUGAAAAAGAUGCUUCUGAGCCGACUACAAACAAAGCUUCUGCUUCUUCUUCUAGUGCCAAUGUUGUUGUGUACGAGCAGUCAACGACAAACCAAGGUCGUAAAGCCUCCAGUAGCAGCACCUCUUCUACAAAUAAAUAUCAUCAAGAUCAACUCUCUAGCUCUAUACAACAAGUUGUAGAAUCACCACCGCACGAACCUCAACAUCUUCAUCAACAGGAGUCAAAAAAAGAGGUUGCCCAACGUCCGGCAAAGACUAGGUACUGGUACAAAUUGAAAUUACCACCAGGAUGGGACGUUACCAGAGACUCGAUAUGGAAAAAGCUCAAGUUUAUUCCACCUAAAGAUGGUAUUUUUCUUAUUGUUGUUCGGUUGUCUACUUCGUGUGGAGGUAUACGACUUACAUAGCUUAACAAUUGCCAGUACAACUGCUACCAAUGAUUGAACAAUGUUGUUGAUAAGCGGCUUAAGUACAUAUAAUCAGCUCGGCGUGACCGCGUCCGGCGUCUCCUGCUAUCGUGAUCUAGCAUCGCUAACUUGCAGUUUCUCAUCUUCCAUCACUCAUCAGCUAUGUAUUGUGCUCCACGAGCAUGCUUAGAUACUCUCGCUUAACUUUUUCAGGUAGUACAUCCUGCACUACCUCUGCUAUCACGUCGGGUGUCGAGUUCCUACGACGUCUCUUGGAGUGGGACGCUGAAGCAGCUGAGAACUGGGUAAAGUCUACAAUCGAGAUUGGCAGCGGGGAUUGGCAAAGGGCCAAACAAGAUUAUGAGAGCAAGAACAAGGAAGUGCUGUUUUUCUAGGUCCUAUGGCGUUCUACCCACCUAACUACAAGUACAACAUAGACAGACAUCAACUACUUACUGGAAUCAUGAGAAGAAGAACAAGGAGGGUGAAGAGCAAGGACAGCAUGUAUCGAUCUCAUAGAAUUUUUGUGAAUCAUCUUGUUGGUGGGAAAGAUUAUGAUUACAAGUCUAAGAUAAGUCUAUUCGAAUUCUGGGCGAUCCUUUUUCUUUUAAGAGUUGUUGAUGUUCUUGUAUCUGCUGAAGCUAGAAGUGAAGAUUGAUCAUUUACUUUUUUUUUUUCAAGACUUUUCGGUCUGCUUACCGCGCUAACAAGAGCACGAAGCGGAAGUUCUCAAGAAACGGGGGGGUAAGCUUGCGCAAGCACCCCCUGCGGCGGAGGUAGUUCCAGCACAAGUUGGCGCUUUUCGUAUGCCAACUUAUGUUCAUCCAGCACCAAAGGACCCUCAACACUUGAUAACUACAUCUUCUUCACAUCAACAAGCUUCUGGUGCUUUCUCUGGAGCAGCUGCUCAACAACUACAUCAAAGUAGUCCUUACUUUCCAUCUGCUCGUCCUCCUCCUCAAUACCACGGAGCACCAGGAGGCGGACCCUCUUUCGGAUAUGAACCAAAUCGUGGACGAGCAGCAGCCGGAGUUUGUUCUCUACUUGGCACUUCUACUCUUGGAUAUGGCCCACCUAGUAGUGAUCGUGUUAUGAGAGCAGCAGGAACUUCUCGUCUUGGACCACCUGUUACCUCCUCCAACAUCUUCGCAAAUAGAGGAACAGCCUCAGGCCCCUCAGGCAGAGGCACAAGUAGAGCACGCGGAGGUGAUGUAGAUCCGAAAACUAGAGGAGGCAGAGGCACAAGUAGAGCACGCGGAGGUGAUGUAGAUCCGAAAACUAGAGGGGGCAGUGUGGCGCGUGGUGGAAGAGGUAGAAGUGUGGCACGCGGAUGAUUCGCCAUAGAAGGUCAAUUCACGACCUCUUAUCGUACAAGAUUUGACGCUUCGAUUCGCUACACGUUAGCCUUAGACCACGUAUAGGCAUUGAUGUUUUCUCGAUACACACUCAUUUUACGCACACACUGGCUCCUUCAUGAUCAACACUGAUUCGCUCUCUAGUAUAGAUACUUUCAUAAAAAAACCCUUUACCAAUUUGUAUACGAUCACUCCUUUCAGACACGACACGCAGGCACAUCAAUCUCGUCUUUAUACUUGACGACAGCUUCUUCUUAAACAUAAAUAUCGUGAAAAAUGUUCUUUUACGAGCUUCACGACCUUUACAUCAGUUGAUUCAACAUGGAGAUAUUAACAAAUUCAUAUUUCUCUCGUUCGAUCCUCGCAUGAACUAUUCCAUUGAUUUUUAUUCCCUGUCUUGUGGUUACCAAAUGGUGACCAACCUGUGCCUCUUAUUGGUAUCAAGAAGUCUUCUGUGUGGCCUUGAAGCAGGAGAUCAACAUGAAAAGCGGGCAGGGAUGGAUGGAUGUUCUGUGUGGUUGGAUGUUCGAAGAUGAAAUAUCGAACGUGCCUAAGCGGGAGUAAGAAGGAGUAACAAGUGACUUGUUGACUUUUACGAGGUGCCUACCCUUCGCUUCUCCAUGAUUCUACAACAACGUCUUGAUAUAUCUACGUGUACCAACAAUAACGAC